ACUCGACCCGUUCAUUUGCUUGCUAAGCGCUGUAUCCAUUAUCCUUUUUCUCUUACGCAUAAAACCCUAAUUGCUUCCCUGCCGGUUGCCUAUCCACCAUUCCACAUUCCCACUCCUGCUGCCCUGCACUCCACUGCCGUGCGCCUUUGCCCGUCUGCCCAGCAGGGCCAGCACGCCGCACGCCAAAUCGUCCUCGCCAUCGCCAUCGCCAUCGCCAUCGCCAUCACCCAACGCCCUUGCCUAGUUGCCUGGCUGCCUAGCUGAAGCUCGCCAUCUUCCUCACGACGCUUGGACGGUGGUCGUUCCAGAGACGCAGAGGUAGAGACGUAGAGGUGGAGCUCCCUCACGACGCUCGGACGGUGGAUAUCUGUAGUUCUGUUCGGCGUUCGUUUCGGCCUUCGGGUCCCAGACUCCCAGAGACGCAGAUCUACCGGAGAGGUGGAGGGCGAAGAGUUUCACUGUUUCUGCGACGGAAGAGAUCGGCUUUGCUCCAGUGCUCGUAUCACACAGGAAAUUCUUUGUCAUUCUUUGAGGGGAUUUGGAAAAAAAUUAUCUCCUGUUAUUAUCUUUUCUUUAUCGCAAUAAUAUAUGGGCUGAGGUGCACAUUUCAUGGGAGGUGUAGAGGAUGAUGAACCACCAUCAAAACGCAUGAAAUUAUCCUCUGGAGAACUGAAAGGCCUUUCGAACGGUUUGUCUCUUGCAGAGCCUGUAGCUGGCUCUUUGGGAGACGUGAUGGCUCGGCCCCUACCAACCCAAGGGGAUGAAGAGAUGGUUGGUUCACGAGGAGUAAUUAAAAGAGUAGAAUUUGUUCGGAUCAUAGCCAAAGCCCUGUACUCUCUUGGUUAUAAAAAAAGUGGAGCUCAUUUGGAAGAAGAGUCGGGGAUACCCUUACAUUCUUCUAUGGUGGAUUUGUUCAUGCAGCAAAUUCUUGAUGGCAAUUGGGAUGAAAGUGUAGCCACAUUGCAUAGAAUCAGUCCAUUGGAUGAAACUAUUCUUAGGUCAGCAUCUUUUUUGAUAUUCGAGCAGAAGUUCUUUGAACUUUUGGAUGGAGAAAAAGUCAUGGAUGCUUUGAAGACUUUGAGGACUGAGAUUGCACCACUUUGCAUUAAUAAUACUAGAAUUCGAGAGCUCUCUUCAUGGAUUGUGUCUUCUUCGCAGAGUGCAUUAGUUGGCUCUCCUAGUCAAGCUGCUGUGAGAGCAAAGUCUCGGUCAAAUCUACUGGAGGAAUUGCAGACUCUUCUUCCUCCAACUGUUAUGAUACCUGAGAGAAGGUUGGAACAUCUAGUUGAACAGGCCCUUAACUUGCAACGUGAUGCUUGCAGGUUUCACAAUUCUUUGGAUAGGGAAAUGUCAUUGUAUACUGAUCAUCAGUGCGGAAGAGACCGGCUUCCUUCUCAAACUCUACAGAUACUAGAAGCACAUUAUGACGAAGUCUGGUUUUUGCAAUUUUCGCACAAGGGCAAAUAUUUAGCCUCAUCAUCGAAUGACCGGUCUGCAAUCAUAUGGGAGAGCUGGGAAGCUUUUCCCUUUCCUAUCGACUGUUGUGCACCAUCAUGCUCUCAAGUACAUUGUUUCCCAACUGCAUUACAUUACCAUACAACUACUGACCUGCUAUCCAUCUUGGGAGUUAUGGUGGAGAGGCUGAAAUCAAGUGUUGGUAUCUUACCAUACGAGAUUGACACCAAUGGAGUGUUUUUAAAGCAUAGACUGACUGGUCACCAGAGACCUGUCUCUUCUGUUUCAUGGAGUCCUGAUGACCACCAGCUCCUCACUUGUGGUGUAGAAGAGUCUGUUAGGCGCUGGGAUGUCUCUUCUGGUGAAUGCCUUCAUGUUUAUGAAAAGACCGGAUUGGGCUUGGUUUCUUGUGGAUGGUUUCCAGAUGGCAAAUGCAUAUUCUCUGGUGUUACUGAUAAGAGCAUUUGCAUGUGGGAUUUGGAAGGAAAGGAGCUGGAAUGUUGGAAAGGUCAAAGAACACUUAAGAUUUCGGACCUGGAAAUAACUGGUGAUGGGAAGCAGAUUAUCAGUAUUUGUAGAGAUACUGCAAUACUAUUAUUUGAAAGGGAAACUAAGGCUGAGAGAUACAUCGAGGAGGAUCAAACCAUAACUUCAUUCUCAUUAUCAAGGGACAGUAAGUUUGUGCUGGUCAGCCUUUUGAAUCAAGAGAUCCAUCUUUGGAACAUUAAUGGUGAUAUCAAGCUCAUUGCAAAGUAUGAAGGUCACAAACGCGCCCGCUUUAUUAUAAGGUCCUGUUUUGGUGGAUCUGAGGAAGCUUUCAUUGCUAGCGGUAGUGAAGACUCACAGGUCUACAUAUGGCACAGAGGCUCAGGUGAACUGAUACAGUCUUUGCCUGGCCAUUCUGGAGCCAUUAAUUGUGUGUGCUGGAAUCCAACAAAUCCUCACAUGUUGGCAUCGGCCAGCGAUGAUCGUACAGUUCGUGUAUGGGGCCUAGGUCAGAUAAAUUUGUCAAACAAAGGUACUCGGUGCAAUGGCGUCCACUAUUGCAAUGGAGGAACACAGAGCUGAAAACAGAAGGGGAAAAAAUCAUGGACUAGUUUAAGUUUGUUAUUUAUAUUUCUUUUCCUGAAAAUUUCUUCUAUGUAAAUACAUCAUUUGCAUUUCAAGGAGACAUAACAAUCAUGUGGAUUGUGCAAGCCAUUUUCUGAUAAUAAAUCAUCUAGUUCCAUUUUAAA